AGUUGUCAUCACAUGUCCAGGCGUAUUCGCCAUGGGUUAUGGUAGCGGUGUGCUAAUCUGAGAUGAUUUAGUUGUCACAGUCUCAGGCCUCCGAAUCCUAUUUCCUCAAUUGGCUUUCUUCAAAAGCAACAGUCUUCUCUCAUUCGCUGAAAGUGAGAGAUGUUUUGCUGAAUAUUUUGACAGAAACAGGGGGCAGGGGCUUUCCUGCUGUAUGUUGCCGUGGUAACUGCCAAUCAAAUCUAAUUAAAACACACCCACACACUUCUUUUCUAGCCGAUUGUGCCAAAUGAUUUUAUUUAUUUAUUUUUCCAACCAUGACUUGAUCACGAUACAAGCAAAACACAAGCGGAACAUAUUUUGGACAAUAAGUUGCAUGCUUUUUUUCCCUUUUUUUUAAAUUGGAAAAAAUGUCUUCGACUGUAUGUGGAGAAAAAUGCUCAAACUUGACCUUUUCAGAGAUGCCCGAAAUUACUACAAUGUAGUUGUUAAUACUUAAAAAUUUAACAUACUGGAUAUGUAUGAACCAGCUGUAAUUGGAUAUUGAACAUGAAGGAGGGCGUGCUGGUCACGGUGCUACAUCAGAUACCCUUACUGACAGAAUGUCUUGGUGCAUGCGAGUGUACCCAUGUGUACGAUAGGUGGUCAAAUAACGAGGUUGGGAUGAAGUGAGAAGUAAAUAUCGAUCAAUAUCAGAAGGUGACGUGAGUCACAAUUUAAGAAACGGAUCUACUGCAGUUGGUGUCCCCCAAGGUUCAAUUCUUGAUCCUCUACUUUUUAUAUGUAUCCCAUUGGGAUAAACCUCUCUUUCAUUAAAUACAAAUGAUUAAAAGUCUCUGUUUUUCUAAGUGACCGGAGAAUGGUAAUAUCGUCUAUUUUAGUAUUGCUCUCUUUACUAAAAAUAUCUGUCACACAAUUUAUAAUGUCGCUGCAUUUCAGUAUAAAAAAAUCAUCUAAAUCUCAUGCACUUUCUCUUGACUAGAUCGACUGUAUUUAUUGUAUACUAUCUGUGAUGUGAUCUAACCUGUGCAACUUUGUUAGUGGCCUGUUUCAGCAGACAUUUUGGCUGGGUAUUGGACAUUUUGAGGCUAUUAAUCGGCAGGUAAGGUUAUUAGCAUAAAAACCUUUAGCAACAUUAUGUAUUUUGCAUCUUUAUAUAUGUGGACUGUUGUUUAAUUUGUUAAGUUUGCAUGCGAACGUUAUUUCCUCAAUUGUAAGAAGCCCCCUCAGUGGUUUUGCACGUUCAACAAACGGCCAAGUUAAAAUUAAUGCACAUUAGAGGGUCCAAUAAUCUUUUCGUGUCGCUGCAUGGUUGUAAUUCCAAACACUCAAUCUGCCUGGCUGGUUGUCCCACGCCCCCUUCGUCCCGCCGUCCAUCCACUUGGCCAGUUGGAGUCUAAUCCCGGCAGAGCUAAUCUUCCUCUGAUCUGAGGAUUGCACAAUUGAGUUGCUGUGUUUCCUCUCACCUGCUGGCCACCGCAAGCCCGACUAACUGACCUGGUAGUUGGGCGCGGAGUGGACGGAAGAUGGCUUCCCGCCGAUCGCCAUCCUCUACCUGGACAGAGCCACGAGGGAACGGACGAAGCUCCGUCCCAGUGGCCACAGCUCUGAGCGAGUCCUCAUCCAUCCACAGCGACGCUCUGUACCACCUGACCAUGGACGUGUCGCGGGUGGGCCUGGAACCUCUGUACAACAGCAUACUGGAAGCAGAACAUGACAAAGAGGAUGCUUGGGAUGAGGAGGCUCAAAGUCUACUUAAGUGUCACAGCAUGCAGACUGAUGACAAGAUCCCAGUUGUUAGUUCUUCAUCAAGCCCCCAAGACAACGGCGAGGGCCUCCACUUCUCGGACGGCCGGCGGAAAGUCGACUACGUGCUGGUCUUCCACCAGCGAAGACAAGCCUCCGUUCGUUCCCCUGCCAGCACGUCGGUUUCCCACGACCGACUGUCCAUCGUUUCCAACGGCAACUUCCCGCCGUCGCGUGGCUCGGAGGGCAAAGGCGGAGGAGGAGGGGGGAGUGGCGGAGUACCAGGAGGGGAGGCUGUGAGCAUCGGCGAGGUCUUCGUGGAGCUGGACAGCGGAGGAGGGAAUGAAGCGGCCGAACCCGCCGACCACGAGAUACAUCUGAUCAGACAAGAGUUCGAGGCCAACCUGCUGGAGGCCGGCCUGGAGAUCGAAAGAGACCGGGAGGUGAAGGCUCAUGGUCUGAGCUUCACCCGCCUCCACGCACCCUGGCCGGUGCUUUGCAGGGAAGCGGAGUUUCUCAAAAUUAAAGUCCCAACCAAAACGCGCUAUGACAUUAAAGAGGAAAGUGCGUUCAGCAGCAGCAUGAGCAGCUUGUGGAGGAAGCUGAAGCAGCCUUUCAAGCCCAAAGUGCCCCCUCAGGACCACGGACCCACAAAGUUCCUCACACACUGCUUCUCCCGGGACAAGCUCCACCUAUACAACGUCGCAUCGAAAGACUCCUUCUUUGACAACGCCACAAGGGGGCGCAUCGUGUACGAAAUCCUGAGGAGGACUGUUUGCGCUCGGACCUGUCAAACCAUUGGUAUCACGACAUUGAUAGCAAAGGGUGUCUACGAUGCUGCCUUCCCUCUUCACGAUGGAGAUUACAAUGCCACUGGACAUCCCGAGGAGAGGAAUGACCGACAGGUUCUCCAUGAAGAGUGGGCCAGAUACUCGGCCUUCUACAAAUACCAACCCAUUGAUUUGGUCAGGAAGUACUUUGGAGAGAAGAUCGGCCUGUAUUUUGCCUGGCUUGGCGUUUACACCCAGCUGCUCGUGCCAGCCUCCAUCGUGGGAAUCAUCGUGUUUGGCUACGGAGUAGCAACAGUGGACACAAACAUACCCAGCCUCGAGAUGUGCGACGAGCGCCUCAAUUUCACCAUGUGCCCUCUGUGCGAUGGAGCCUGCGACUUCUGGCAGCUGAGCACGGCCUGCGGCACGGCCAGAGCCUCGCACCUGUUCGACAACCCCGCUACCGUCUUCUUCGCCAUCUUCAUGUCUCUGUGGGCCGUGUUGUUCCUGGAGCACUGGAAGCGUCGCCAGAUCAGUUUAAGCUUCAGUUGGGAUUUGACCGGCAUCGAGGAUGACGAGGAACACCCGAGAACAAAAUACGAAACCAUCCUUCUCCAGAAGAGGCAGCGGAAACAGAAAAACAACAAGAAGAAGAAAAAGAAGAAAAAGAAUCAGGUCGCGAUAGAGAAGUUAACCUGGAAAGACCGCCUUCCUGGGUAUUGCAUCAAUGUUUCCUCCAUUCUUUUUAUGUUUGGUCUGACCUUCUCGGCCGUUUUCGGCGUCAUCAUCUACCGCAUCACAGUGUCGGCGCUGAUGGCCAUGAGCCCCGACCCGGAGACAAAGUCCAACGUGCGCGUGACGGUGACGGCUACGGCGGUCAUCAUCAACUUGGUGGUUAUUCUCAUCCUGGAUGAGAUCUACGGCGCUGUGGCGGUGUGGCUGACGGAGCUUGAAAUUCCUAAAACGGAGACCAACUUUGAGGAGCGUCUCAUCCUCAAAGCCUUUUUACUCAAGUUCAUGAAUGCAUACGCGCCCAUUUUUUACGUGGCGUUCUUCAAGGGACGGUUUGCAGGUCGACCGGGAAGUUACGUGUAUGUCUUUAACGAUUAUCGAAUGGAAGAGUGUGCACCAGGAGGCUGCCUCAUUGAGUUGUGCAUUCAGCUCAGCAUCAUCAUGCUCGGGAAGCAGCUCAUCCAAAACAACAUCUUUGAGAUCGGCAUCCCGAAGUUGAAGAAGCUGGUGCGGACGCUGAAGGAUAAAGGAGGCGCAGAGAAGGAGGAGGAAGAGGAGAGGCCUCCGCAGCAGUGGAACCUGGACUACGCUCUGGCUCCCUUCGAGGGCCUCACGCCCGAAUACAUGGAAAUGAUUAUCCAGUUUGGCUUUGUCUCGCUGUUUGUGGCCUCCUUCCCUCUUGCUCCUCUUUUCGCACUGCUGAACAACGUGAUCGAGAUCCGGCUGGAUGCCAAGAAGUUUGUUACGGAGCUCCGCCGGCCGGUCGCUGCCCGUGCCAAAGACAUCGGCAUAUGGUACAAUAUACUGAGUGGCAUGGGCAAAUUCUCCGUCAUAAUAAAUGCCUUUGUAAUAUCCUUCACGUCGGACUUCAUCCCUCGCCUCGUCUACCAGUACAUGUACAGCCAGUCGGGGACCAUGCACGGCUUCAUCGACCACACGCUCUCCUACUUCAACGUCUCCAACUUCAAACCCGGCACGGCGCCCCAGAAUUCCGACCACGGCGAUGUCACCGUCUGUAGGUAUAAGGACUACAGGGAACCCCCCUGGUCCUCCGAUGCGUACCACUUCUCCAAACAGUACUGGUGUGUCCUUGCAGCGCGACUGGCUUUCGUCAUCCUCUUUCAGAACCUGGUGAUGUUCCUGAGCCUCGUAGUAGCCUGGGUGAUCCCGGACAUUCCCAAAACCAUCGUGGAGCAGCUGAAGCGUGAAAAGAAGCUGCUGGUGGAUCUCUUCCUACGAGAGGAGAAGGACAAAUUCCAACUCAUACAGAGCCUCUUUGCCAAGGACGCCCCCGUCCCUCUGGGCAGCCACGUGCUCCACCCGGCUCAAAGGUUCCCCCUCCCGGGCCGCUACAGCACCCUGCCGCAGUGUGCGACCCAGGCGAUGGCCGCAGAUGACGACGGAGGAGGAGGGCCCAGGGCGAGGUGCAGGGCGGCCAGUUUCAGCUUGUAUACGAGGAAGGUCCCCCCGUCGCCCAGAAAUGAAAAUUCCAAACACACGGCUGUGUGAUAUGUGACACAACACAUCCUCGAGGGUGGCGUUGGCAUCCCGAAGAGAAUAUCGUGUUUGGGCGAUCCCUUCCUCUAACUGCCAUUUUGAUAUUUUGAUAUCCUGGCGUGAAAAGAAGCGGAUUCACUUCAUGCGUUUUUUGUUGUUGUUGUUGUUUUUGCUCAUGUUUUGUUUACCCGAUCGAGUGUGAUCUUUUUUUUAACUUAUUAUUUUUAGCUUGUAGCUUCAUUGCGUAAACAAGCAAUAAUACUGCAUUAGGUUGAAGAGCAUUGUAAGAUAUUGUAGAUUAUAACAACAACGAAAACAUCACAGAAACGAACAUUUAAUCAAAAAGCUGGAUGCAUAGAUCGUGGUUACACAAAUAAAAAUAUAAUUCUACUUUUUUUUUUUUUUGCUUUCGGAAAUCAUCAAAAUUAGCCUGAAAUGUCGAUUGUAUCUUCAGAGACGAUAAAUGGACUCCAACUGUAAUGUAAUCCUAUGCCGGUUUUUGUUUUUUUGUUUUUCUGUGUCAAUGAUUGAUACAUGAACGGAUGGACGUCAUGUCUCGGUGCACCCUUUGGAAUAUUUCUGCUUCGUGUUGCUGAAUUAUGCUCUUUGUAUAUAUUUUGUUUGGAACUCGUAGCAACAGAUGAUCACCAGAUUCUAUAGAAUUCUUCUAUUGUUCGUAAAAGCACUAGAUGAGCUUCCUGGAAGUGCAAAUUGUUUCCAUGACAUUCUCUGUUUACAUUGAGCGUCUCAAGCGAUUUUUUUUUCCUUGUUGCCAGCAAUUGUUUUUUUUUGUUUGUUUGUUUUUUACAGGUCACUUACAGCCCUCCAUGUUUGACACUAUGAGAUCCACGCCAAUUUGCAAACGUGAUUUAUGAUGUGACAGGUUUAUCAUUUCCUGUUUUAGAUGAGCAAUUUUAUGUCGACGUUUUGUUGCAGCACUGAAACUGAGCACAGUCGGACUAAAUCCAAUCGUGGAUCCACAGAAACUUUCGUCAUCAGGGGAUUCGAUUCAACUGUUUGCGUACUUUGGAGAUAAUGAAUCGAUGCACUUUUUUGUUUAUGACAAUUUGAAGUUAUUGCUACUGUGCCGACGUGCUGCAAAUUGUCAUUUGUGUUUUUCGGAGGCCUUGUAUAUGCUCUUGUUUUGCCAUUGCACGACACAGCAUAUGUGUGCUCACUUGCUAGCCAGCAACAGACUGUUAACUUGGUUUUAGGUAUUUUAGAAUGACGUAGGACAAGCAAAUUGUGACCGUGGUACACGCUUAAGACUAUGUAGUGACAUACGUGAAUACAAGUGUUGGAUGUCUUACAAAAUAAUUUGAACACAAUUGUGUCAAUUGUCUGCUUUUUGUCUCAUGUUUUGUUUUAUUUUUCUAUUUCUCUUCUGCCUUUCAUAAACGGGAAGUCCGAAAAGGAUAUUAAAUGGAGGAUGAUUCAAACGGAGACAAUAAAAAUUGAAAGAAGGAUACAAAAA